AUGAAGCCCCUCAUCCCUUGGGCUGCGGCCUGUGCCUUUUCUGCGUCGAGUGCUCACGCCUAUAUCCUUGGGGAGGGUGACCCUCUGGGAGCUCCCCUGGAGGGCCCCUUCGGCGGAUUUCCGAUUAAUCUGGAUUUGGAUUCGUUUUUGGAGACUGAUGAGGCGGAGCUGUCUUCCCUGAAUCCUCCCCUCACAGAACAGGACGGCUGGGGGGGGGAGAGAGCAGUGGGAGUUCCCAGGAAGGGGCUUUCCGAGGACCCUCAGGAGUCAUCCGCAUCCGGGGAGGGGGCCCCCCCUACCGCACUGCUACAGCAGCGAGACGAAGGGGGAGCCGUAGACACCGUGGCGAGCAGGCAGCGACACUCUCGUGCCUUCGUGUUACAGCCCGAGAGUGUGGCGAAGGCAGCCGCUCACCCCAGCAUUCGCGGUGUUUCUGCCGCUGCGUCUGCAUUGCAGGUUAAAGAUCAGGGAAUCCUAGCGGGAAUCGGAUCAGCUUUGUUAGGUUCGGCUGCAGGAACGAUCAUUGGGGGGGCACAGCAGAACCUGGCGGGACCCUUCGCCUUGAACACACCCCAAACAAAUCUAACGGCCAAUGUAAGUGGUGCAGGGGGUUUGGGAGCAGCGCAGAUGGGUGCCACCUCGGAAACCUCAUCAGACUCUUCUCAUAACGUCACUGGUGUCGUGAUUGGCGUCAUUGUGGGCCUUGUUGCGCUGUGCCUUAUCGGCGGAUGCGUGUGGAAGAUGACAAAGGGCAAGAGGAAAAAGUAA